ACCCGAAGAUUCCUCUGACACGGUUUGGGACAAAACAGCAGAUAUGGCUUCCCGAUCUGAAGAGGAGCUCCACUGUUUGAUCUGCCUGGAUGUUUUCACCGAACCCGUCUCGCUUCCCUGCGAUCACAGCUUCUGCAGGAGCUGCAUCACCAGCUUCUGGGACUCCUGCGACGUCCAGCACUGUCCGCUGUGCAAGAAGACCAUCAGCAGAACCGCCCGGCUGAGAGUCAAACAGGAGUUCAGGGAUGAGGACGAGGACGAGGAUGAGGACGAGGACGAGGACGAGGACGAGGACGAGGAAGAGGACGAGGAUGAGGAUGAGGCGUUGAAAAAGGCGGGAGCUGCAGCUGCCGGCGCCGCUGCUCGGCCCUGGAAGGUUUCCUGCGACCUCUGCGAGUGUAAAGCUCUGAAGUCCUGCCUGGUUUGUCUGGUUUCCUACUGCAGCGAACACCUGCAGCCUCAUCUGUCGGCUCCGGCGCUGGAGUGGCACAAGCUGGUCGAGCCGGUGGCGUCGCUGAAGGUUCGGGCCUGCAGCAAACACAACAAGCUGAAGGACUUGUUCUGCAGGACCGAGCAGGUCUGCAUUUGUGCCGUGUGCAUGACGGACGAACACGCCACGCACGAAACCAUCGCUCUGGAGGAGGAGAGUAAGGAGAGGAGGGCCGAGGCGAAGCGAAGGAAAGCCAGAGUCGACCGCGAUGUGAGCGAGAAGAGCGCCGUGGAGGAGAUGGUGCAGCAGUCGAAGCUCAAGAGUCGACUCAGAGUGGAGAAGACGACGGCAGAAACCAAAAGGUGCUUCGCCGCUCUGGUUUCCUCGAUCGAGGCCAAAGCGGUGGAGCUGAUGGAGCUGCUGGAGGAGAAGCAGGAGGCAGCAGAGCAGAAGGCCGAAGAUGUGAUCCAACAGCUGCAGCUGGAGAUCGAUGAGAAACGCCGGAUCAGCGCCAGACUGGAAGAGCUCUCCAACAUCGAGGACGACUUCCAGCUGCUGCAGGAACUCCCGUCUGUUUCCUUGGACUCAACGAGCUUCGACACCACAGUCCAAACCUUCCUGCAUGUGGAGGCCGUGAGGAAGGCGGUGGCCAAGACCGAGGAGACGUUCAACCAGCAGAUGGAGAACGUCAUGAGAGACCUCGAAGAAGACGAACCAAUAGAUUCCCAAACUGUGUUCGACGACAAACUCGGGAGAAUCCAGCAGCAAUAUGCAACAACAGUGACUCUGGACGCCACCACGGCACACCCAUGUCUCAUCGUGUCCCUGGACAGGAUGCUAGUCAGGGACGUAACCGAGAAGACGAAGGUCCCCGACAACAUCUCCAGGUUCGACUGUCUCCACUACGUCCUGGGAAACAAGGGUUUCUCUUCUGGAAGGUUCUACUACGAAGUCAGACUCUACAAUGAGACCGGCUGGGAAGUCGGAGUGGUGAGAGAGUCCAUCGCCAAGAAAGGCACCGACUUGUCCCUCAGCCCCGAAAACGGAUGCUGGACGUUGGGUUCGUACUGGGGUCAGCUUCAGGCGAACGCCAACCCUCCCGUCGCCCUGCCCUCGUCCAAAGAGCUCGACAAGAUCGGCGUCUUUGUGGAUUACACAGAAGGGCUGGUUUCUUUCUACGACGUCGACACUCGGGUUCUGAUUUACUCCUUCACGGAGUGCGUCUUCGCAGUCAGAGCAGCUGUGAAAAAUGAAGAAGCACAGUGGGGUAUGUUCAGACGGUCGUGUUACACCUGCAACCCAGCAAAGACCAAGAUCUACCCGAUCUUCAGACCCAGCGUUUUCACUCUACGGAUCACUCCUGUCACUAGAGGACAGCAGUGAUCUGGGUUGUCAAGAUUUGGCCGUGUGCUGUGGAGACUUGCUAUAAUAGUUUUGUGGUCGUUGCCUUUAGUCGUAAAGCUGAUUUUAAGAUCCUUUUGAUUGGUUUAUAGAACCCUCAGGUUUUCUCUUAGUGGAUUUUCAAAUGAAGUGAGAAUAAGAACCUACAUUUUGUUACUGUGGUCUGUUGAACAUCCUUCCAGAAGACCCGAGAGUGUUCCUGUUUUUAAAGGCAAACUCAAGAUCUAACUUUUUAGUCAGGCUUCUAUAUGAUAUGAAUGAUUGGAUGGAUUUAAUGCAUUGAUUUCUCUCUUCAUUUCCUUAUUUACAUAUUUGGUCUAUUCAGUGUUCCAGUUAAUACUUUAUUUUUGUCUCACAAAAACUCCCUUGGUCUGCUUUUAUGAUGCUGUGACUUUCUCUAACUUUUUUUUUUUAUUGAUUUGUCCUUUUUCAUAAUGUCUUAUUGUGCAGGCUCGCCUUGCAUUUUGCUGCAUGUACUGUAUGAGCAUGUGACAAAUAAAAACUCUUGAAUAUUUAAAAU